AUGAGUGGGGCUUAUUGUCUCUCGCAGCUAUCGCAGAUUUCUUCAACCAAAAUUCUACUCAAAACCUCUAAAUUUUCCAAAGGUGUGUAUGUGAAAGCAGGAGCAACAAAGUAUCCAACUUCAUGCUUUUGUAGAAAUGUUCAGACUGUCACUUAUGGAAUUGUCAAUGGAAGCUAUGUACCCACUACCUCUAAAACACAGCAACCAGACAAAACUAAGGACAAUGCGUCAACAAAACUUGAAAGUGUUGGUGCAUUUCAAAAGUUACCUAUGGUGAUGCCAUCGGUUGAUAUACUCUAUUCAGCAUUGAGGAAGGCAAAGAGAGUUCCGCCCACAAAAGGCAUAGCUAAUAUUGCAAAGCGAGAGAGAAAUAGAGGGGCAAAGCAACUUGAUGCAUUGAUGAAAGAAUUGGCAGUUCCACUAAGAGAGUACACAGAGAAUUUCCCUAAAAAGAAAUUUUUGCAUCCUUAUGAACGAUCGCUUAUUGAGCUGACCCUUGGGGAUGGAAAUUAUGAAGAGGUGUUGAGAAAUGUGGAUGCUCUGAGGAAGAAGGUGGUAUGUGUUGGAAAGGAGCGUGCUUCUAUCUGUGCUAAGUGGUGCAAUUCUGGGCAGUCUUUAACAAAACGAGACGCUGAGGAGCGGCUGAAUGAGGGUUUGGAAAAGCUUGAAGAAAUUUUUAAAUGUGAAGGAAAGGCAGUUGAUGAUUUAUUGAACGUUGCCAAGACUUUGCGGGCUAUGCCAGUUGUUGAUUUGGAAACACCAACUCUUUGUCUUGUUGGAGCUCCUAAUGUCGGAAAGUCAUCCUUGGUUCGUGUUCUCUCAACAGGGAAGCCUGAGAUGCUGAAGCUGGUCUGCAACUACCCUUUCACUACAAGAGGAAUUCUAAUGGGCCACAUUGCUCUAAAGUUCCAGCAUUUUCAGGUGACAGACACCCCUGGACUACUGAAGAGAUGUGAUGAGGACAGGAACAAUUUGGAAAAAUUGACACUUGCUGUCCUCUCACAUUUGCCAACAGCAAUACUUUAUGUCCAUGAUCUCACUGGAGAAUGUGGGACCUCACCUUCCGAUCAGUUUGUCAUAUACAAAGAAAUUAAAGAGAGGUUCAGUGAUCAUCUCUGGCUUGAUGUUGUUUCUAAAUGUGAUAUCUUGCAAGAGUCUCCUGUGAUCUUCAUCACGGAAGAUAGCAAUGCUGAUCACCUUGAACUGGCAAGGUAUCGAAAAAUGGGACCUGAAGGAGCGAUACGUGUGUCAGUAAAGAAUGGGAAGGGGCUUGAAGAGUUAAAAGUUCGAGUGCAUGAGCUGCUGGGUGCCCAGAUGGAUAGGAUCCAAAGCACAACGAGUGACGAAGCUAGUCCAGAACUAGUAACAUGA